AUGGGCCGGUUCCGACGAGAGCUGGAGCGAUCGACUGGGAGGAAAUUCAACUCCUUCCACGAGAUGUACCUCUACUCCAUCCAACAGCGAACUGCAUUCUGGGAUUUCUGCUGGAAAUUCUUCCCAAUCAUCCACGAGGGCAGUUACACUCGCGUCGUGGACGAGUCCGCCCGCAUGGACAGCGUCCCAUCCUGGUUCGCAGGCGUGAAAGUGAACUUCGCCGAGAAUUUGCUCUUCACCGGUCGUGCGGGCAACACAACUGGUAAAGAGGAUUCGAAGAUUGCUAUCACGGAAGUCCGCGAGGGUGAUGCAAAGAACGCAGUUCACCUGACCUGGGCGCAACUACGCCAGCGCACUGGUGCCCUGGCGCAAGCGAUGAAGGCUAAUGGUGUAGCACGGGGUGAUCGUGUUGCGGUUUGCUCGGCGAAUAGCAUCGAUACAUUGGUUGUGUUGCUGGCGACGACGGCGCUGGGUGGAAUUUUCUCGUCUAGUUCGACGGAUAUGGGUGUGAAGGGUGUUUUGGAUCGGUUAUUACAGAUUAAGCCGCGGUGGCUGUUCAUGGAUGAUUUGGCGGUAUAUAAUGGGAAAACGAUUGAUCUGCGCGGUAAGAUGAAGGAUAUCGCUCAAGGGAUGGAGUCGGUCGUUGAGUUUCGGGGUAUUGUUUCAUUGCCGCGGUUCGCCUCGGAGCCGGCUGAUGUCAAUGAUAUUCCUCGAGGGUUGAUUUUGUCGAGUUUCCUCGCCAAGGCUGGUGGGAAGGAUCACUUGGAGUUUGAGCGCGUCGAUUUCAGGGAUCCUUUCCUUGUGGUGUACUCUUCUGGCACGACCGGUCAACCAAAGUGCAUUGUCCAUUCGGUGGGAGGAGUGUUGUUAAAUGGAUUUAAGGAGGGUGGCUUACACACUGAAUUUGGACCUGAGAGUGUUGCUUUGCAAUAUACCACCACCGGAUGGAUCAUGUACCUGUCUGCCAUUCAGACUCUGGUCUUUGGCUCUCGUGUCGUUCUCUACGAUGGCAGUCCCUUUAUUCCUGACGUGACGGCACUUGUGAAGCUUGCCGCUCAAGAGAGAGUCACCCAUCUGGGUAUUUCUCCACGAUGGCUGCAUGAACUACAGCGAGCAAAGAUCCAACCUCGCGAGAUAGUCGACCUCAGUGCCUUGCAGGUAGUCACUAGUACCGGCAUGGUCCUACGAGACGCUCUAUUCGAAUGGUUCUACGAUGAAGGUUUCCCUUCUCACACUCGUCUGAACAAUAUCUCCGGUGGCACUGAUAUCGCUGGAUGCUUUGGCAUUAGCAACCCACUGUCUCCCGUGUACGUGGGAGGCUGUGCAGGCUGUAGUUUGGGCGUGCCAGUUGAGGUCUACGACUCGACGAUCGAAGGAGGCGAGGGUAUCAAGGGUGUUGCGAUCGAAGAGGGAACCCCCGGUGAACUGGUGGCUACCUCGGCCUUCCCCAACAUGCCCACAAUGUUCUGGGGCGAUACCGAUGGGAAGAAGUACUUUAAUGCGUAUUUUGGCAGGUUUGAUAACGUUUGGACUCAUGGUGACUUUGUUGCCAUCCAUCCCAUCACCAAGCAGUUGGUCUUCCACGGCCGCGCCGACGGCGUGCUCAACCCCUCGGGUGUCCGUUUCGGCUCUGCAGAGAUCUACCGCGUCAUUGAAGGCCAUUUCCCACAGGAGAUCGCUGAUUCGAUUUGCGUGGGCCAGCGCCGGCCAUCCGACACGGAUGAGCGUGUCAUGCUCUUCCUCCUGAUAAAGCCGGGAGCAAGCUUUACCGCCGACCUGGUGAAUCGCGUGAAGAGUGCGAUUCGCAAGGAGCUCAGUGCCCGCCAUGUGCCGGCAUUUAUCUUUGAGACUCCGGAGAUCCCGACGACGGUCAAUCUUAAGAAAGUGGAGCUUCCAGUCAAGCAGAUUGUAUCCGGAAAGCGGAUCCAGCCCUCGGGAACCCUGCUCAACCCAGGCAGCUUGGAGUUUUAUUACCGAUUUGCCGAGGUGGAGAAGCUGAUCCGCGAGAGCAAGCUCUGA